AUGGCGGGCACGGUGCUGGGUGUGGGGCCGGGUGUGUUGGUGCUGCAGCUGCUCUGGGGCCUGGCGCUGCUGCUCUGCCUGGCGCUCUCCCGCACGGCCGGCCGGGCCCGGGAAGGGGGGGCACGGACGGACCAGGCCGGGCCCGGUGCUGAGGCCGCUCCGCCCGCCUCUCCCCGCAGGUUCGCCGUGGUGCUGGUGACGCUGGGGGCAGCCGUCCUCAGCGCCGCGCUGCUGCUCUUCCCCCGGGAGGACGAGCGCCCGGCCACGGCCGCCGCCGAUGAGAUCGUGGACACCUUCUUUAUCGGCCGCUUCGUCCUCCUGGCCCUGAUGAGCCUGGUCUUACUUGGGUGCCUGUUCCUGCUCCUGAUUUACCACCUCAUGGAGCCGGUGUACGCCAAACCGCUCCACAGCAGCUAGUGGCAGCCGGCGGCAGCAAUCCCCGUGAAGAGGAAAUCCUUGAUUUCAUGGCAAUAAACCAGGAAGGGAGACCAGGAGACUGUUCUGGAGGUGAACGCAUCGAUUUUUCCGAGCUCAGAGAGAGCCGGUGAAGCCAGUGAAGUGUGUCGCUUGCACCCAGCGUGGCGUCUUUCGUCUUUAAAAGCAAAGUUUGGACUGGGCACGAGUGCCUUCGUCUCCGGAGGCAAGCCUCUGCAGGCUGCGAAAGGUGCUUUAACCUCUCUCUCUUUUCUCUUUUACAGGAGAGUUGAAAUCCAUGCACUUUGUACUACACUUGAUUCAAUGAAUUGAACUUGAACCGAGAUGGUUUGUUAUCGUUAUCCGCAAGAGAUGGUUUGUUACCAUUCCUUUUUCACCUUAGUUUAAUAAAAGUCUC